GUAUCAGGUUUGUUCAUGGGCAUAAGUCUCUAAUUGCUGAAAAUUGAAAAUGGCCAUAUUUUAUCAAAAGUAGUAUGGGUAAACUGCCAAUUAGCAGACAUGGAUGAGGUAAACUGUACCUCUCUGGCAGAGUUCGUUCUUCUUGGCUUUUCUGAUGUCCCAGAGCUGGCAAUCUUUCUCUUUCUAAUGUUUCUUCUCAUUUAUGGAGUGACAGUCAUAGCGAACCUGGGGAUGACUGUGCUGAUUCAAGUCAGCUCUCGUCUUCACACUCCUAUGUACUUUUUCCUCAGCCACCUGUCAUUUGUGGAUUUCUGCUAUGCUUCCAUCAUUGUGCCAAAGAUGUUCACUGAUAUUAUCAACAAGGAUAAAGUUAUUUCUUACCGGGAAUGCUUGAUUCAAUUUUAUUUAUUUUGUACUUUUGCUAUCACUGAAGUCUUCCUAUUGGCUGUUAUGGCCUAUGACCGCUUUGUGGCCAUUUGUAAUCCACUACUGUACAUGGUUGUCAUGUCCCCAAAGCUCCGUCUAGUAUUGGUGUCCUGUUGCUACUUUUAUGCAUCAGUGUGUUCUCUGAUUCACCUAUGCUUAGCUCUUGAGAUCCCAUCAUUUAAGUCAAAUGUGAUUAAUCACUUCUUUUGUGAUCUGCCUCCUCUCUUAAGUCUCGCUUGCUCUGAUGUUACUACAAGUGAGUUUUUCCUGUUCACCAUUGUCAAUUUCAAUGAGAUUCUCACUAUUGUGAUCAUCUUCACCUCCUACUUGUUUAUCCUUAUCACUAUCCUGAAGAUGCGCUCUGCAGAGGGGAGACGCAAGGCCUUUUCCACCUGUGCUUCCCAUCUCACAGUCAUCGUGGUCUUCCAUGGAACGAUCCUUUUUAUUUAUUGUCAGCCCAACUCUGGUAAUACUCUAGAUGUUGAUAAAGUGACUACAGUCUUCUACACUGUGGUCAUUCCCAUGCUGAAUCCCCUGAUCUACAGUCUGCAGAAUAAGGAUGUGAAAGAGGCUCUUAGAAAAGUGUUAGGGUCUAAAAAAUUAUCUUUACUAAGUUUUUAUUUUUAGCAAAACUUAGGGAUUUAUAGUGAAGACCCAUAUAUAGGCAAAUAGGUGAGCAUUGAAUAUAGAGCAUUAAAAACGAUGGCUAUUUUAAAAGGAAACUUAUUACUGAGACUUAAUAUUCACAUAUUCAUGUGUGUUCUCUAUAGUUGAAGAAUUUCAAAGGUUGUACAUAUGUUUUUCUUCAUUUUGUAGUAUUUUAAGCUGUUGUGAGUUAUGAUGUAGCACUUGCAUUAUUUAUGAUUGUAGACCUUUAUUAUAGCAUAAUUGAUGGAAUACAUGAUGCACUUAAAAACUUAUUUCCUGCUAACAACAUUUCAUCAAGCAGUUUAUACAUAAGUAUCUAUAUCUUACAAUCUAGCUAGUCUAUAUAAUAUAUAAAUUAAGGGUUUUUGGCAUUUUCUUUACUAUUUGGUAUUGGAAUCACUGUAUUGAGUUAGAAUUUCAUGUUACAAAUGAAUGCAAGAAUAACAUUUAUUCACAAGAAUCCAGGAAAUAUUAAUUGUGUGCUAUUUUCAAGGAGUUUUCAAUCCAUCUUAUAUAUAAUCCUUUGUAUUAUUUUCUCUUUGUAUUUCUCUGUAUUGGGCUUCUCUGUCAUUAGCUUGCCUUAAUAGUGUCUGCAUUUAUGACUUAUCACUGACUUGAUAAUCUUUCUUUACUCUAGUGAGACCUAGCAUGCACCUCACCUCUAAGUGGAUCUGUUAUUUUUUUGCAUAUGCAUUUGACUUUAAUAAAAUAUUGUUGUCCCUCUUUAUUGCUACCUA